CCCAAACAUUGAAGAGUUCUACAUCGUUCAAGAUGGCGGUGGUACUGAGGUCGUUAUGCCGACAAGGUCGGCAUUUUCGUAACCUUUCUGGUAUUCAGAGUCCUCGUAUUGUAGUUGUUCCAACUUUAAAACAAGUAGCAUUGAUAUCCACAUCCAAAAAAGAUAAAGGUAUUGGUGCUACCGUUGAGCCGAUGGAAAAAUCGGAUGAACUGAAGAGGCUUACUGAGCGGUUCGAGAACACUGACAAGGACAACGAAGAGAACUGGACAUCAUACGGCUAUGAGCCAGGGGAUCGGGACAGCGACUGGUUUUACCACCAUUUCUUCAUGUUUGCCACAGUGACUGUUGGUGUCUGCUGGGGUGGCUUCAUACUGUCUUACAUGCCGGACAUGAAAUUUGCCGACUGGUGCCAGAGAGAAGCGUUCCUUGAGCUUGAGCGCAGAGAGCGGCAAGGUCUCCCCCUGGUGGACCCGAACUACACCAACCCGGAGUCGAUAGCUCUGCCGUCAGACGAAGACAUCGGAGAGCAAGAGAUCAUCAUCUAGGAACUUUUUUGUUUUGUUUCUUUGUUUUUUUUGUUUUUUUUUACUAAAUAUCCUUGUGAUGAUCGGCUUGUCAUUUUUGUGCGUGUGUGACCCGUACAUUUGUGCUGAAAGGAUGGGAGAAUUUUUCGGACCUGCUGGUGACGAGAUGUAGUGGUAUCUCAUGUGGGGAUGUUUUUUUUUUAAUCGAAACAUUCAAUACUGGAUGUUGACUAAAGAAACUUUUUACAAAAAAGUUUAACAAAAAAGGUUUUUGUCCUUAAUUUGUUUCUUUUUUUUUUUCUUCUCAUAUUGUUGAAAAUGUUAUGGUGGGGUUUUUUUUCGGUGUAAGGGAAUUGCUGCUGUACCUUGCAUUGUAAGCAUUUCUCUUUUCAGACUAAAUUUUCCACCAAUAGAACCAAGUUGGGAAAACAGGGGAAAAGUAGAGAACAUUGUGCGUUAAUCUCAUGUCUUUUGCGGGUUAGAAGUAGUUCAGAAAGACUCAUUGAAAGUGAAUCAUUUUCCCAUCGUGCUUGCAAAUGCUUAGUGGUAACUAGAGACUGACAGACCGUUUGUCAUUGUUCUCCGUAAGCAAUUUCUGAAGCGCAAUCUCUGUUAUUGUCUCUUGUCUACUGACCUGUUGGUGUUCUGACCCUACACAGUUACUGAUUGACUUCGAUCAAGUUUAAGACGGCCAGCUUGACUUUGUUUUGUUUUAUUGGUGUUAAAGUGUACGGUAAUGCAUAAGUGAGCCUAAAAAAACAUUGAAUAGUCUGGAUUAUUCCUAGAGAAGCGUUUAGUUGAAAUCGAGGAAUUUCCAAUACCGGUACCGGUUUUUUCUCUUAUGAUAGAAUAUAAUGUACAUAAUUAUUAAAACCUUAAUAAAAAAUGGAAAAAGUA